CCCACCCCCCACCCAUCUGUGAGGGCAGGGAGUAGUCGCAGGUCUCCCUGUGGAGGAGACACCAUCCGUCUCGCGCUCGGAUCAUUCACCUGGAGCCGAGGACCGUGAAGGAGGCUGCACGCGGCAAAGGAACGACAUGGCAGCUUACGGGCCGCCGGGCCUUCCCAGAGAGGGCACGCUGCUCACUCUACGCAAGGUCUGGGAGAGCCGCCAGGAGGCGGUCGGGACCCCCGGGGCCCCCGGGACCCUCGGGACCACCGCGGCGGCCCCGGCUCGGCAGGCGGUGUCCUCCGGGGGAGGAGAGCCGAGAAGCCGGGGGCGCAGCGAGACGGUGGAGUCGACGGCGCGGGAGAAGAGGCGCAGGGCUCAGAGCUUCCCCGCCAGCAGCAGCGCUCGCGGCAGCUCGCCCGGGAGGGGUCCCCUCGGCCCGAGGGAGACGCGGGCGAGGGGCGAGGGCGGCCGGGAGGAGGACAGGGAGAGGGGCCGAGGGGCUGGGCACCGCCCUCGAAGCCUCACGCGUCUCUCAUCCUCCUCUUCCUCGUCGUCUCCGGGCUGGAGCAGCGAGCACAGCCUCAGUCGGGAGCACGCCGAAGGCUACUCCGAGUCUCCGACUGUCCGGCACAGGGGGCUGCUGAGGAAGGACCUGGCACUGCUGGAGCCGCCGUCUCUGCGGGAGAGGCUCAGCAUGUAUCAGUCGGCGGUGUCACGCACCACGGGACAGGAUCUGCAAGUUAUUCUCCCCAAGUCUGCAUUGUCUCCCAGCAACUCACGUGAGGUGCAGGUGUUCUCGCAGGAAUCGAAAGGCGUCCCCAAUGGCCACGUGGAAGACGAGGCGUUGUCCACCAGGGAGCGAAUCCAGAUCUUCGCUCGCCUCACCGUGGAGCCCCCCUCACCUCGCUCGUCCCUCUCGCGCUCAAAGUCGCUGAGCUCCUACGAGCUGAGCCGCUCGGUAGGGGACAGCACCAGCACCCGGCUGCAUCGCGCCUCCAGCACGGACACGCUGGACGGCCACAACUCCACAGGAGACGCGCCGCCGCCCGGCGUGGGGCUGCACCCCUCGGAGAUGGUGUCGGUGCGCCAGCGCAUGGCCAUGUACCAGUCGGCAGUCGUGCGCAGCACGGGCAACGCGCAGUUCAAAGUUCACGUUGGCAAGUCAGUGAAGCAACCACCUCCCCCAAACGCCUCCCCACCAGGGAAGGUGUCAGCUGACCUGCAGCAAGUGUCCACGAAGUCUCUGAAGCAGCGCUUCGAGGACCACGCGCAGAAGCCUCCGGCUCACGAUAAAGUACCGGCCCCGGCGGCCAAGGUCACGGUCCAGAAGCCGGUGCCGUCGGAGGACGCUUCGUGUCCCGGCUGCCUCAAGACGGUGUACCUGGUGGACCGGCUGGUGAUCGACGGGCGCAUCUACCACCGUCGCUGCUUCCGCUGCUCCCACUGCUCCAGCCAGCUCAGCCUGGGUAACUACGCGUCGCUGCAGGGCCGCGUCUACUGUGAGCCGCACUUCGAGCAGCUCUUCAAGACCAAGGGCAACUACGAGGACGGCUUCGGCAUCAAGGGGCACCGCGGCGCUCGCGGCUGGCAGGCCCCGGGCGGAGGAGCAGGAGGAGGUACGUCGCCCUCCGAUCCCAUGGGGCCACAGGCCGACAGCAUCGCAGCGUUCACCGCCGACACCCCCGCCGCCGCGCUGGCGCGGGCCCCGACGGCGCACGGCGGCCGCGACGACGACGGUGGCGACGGCGACGACGAGGAGGAGGAGGAGGAGGUGUUUGUGUGCCCGUCGUCGCCGCCUCCCGCGGGGAGCUCUCCUGGCGAGAGGGGCGCCGCCGCGGGAGACCCCGGUGCGGUCGCCGUCGCGGGGGGGGCGGCCGCCGCCGAGAGCGUGGGGAAGCUCAAGGUGCUGUGGCCACCCCCGGACGGCGGCGGCGGCGGCGCGGCCAAGAGCGGCAGGUCAGCCGCCGUGGGCCCCGUCGCCGGCUCCGUCUCCUCGUCGCCCUUCGUCAAGGCGGUGAGCGAGGGCUCCUCUUCGGAGGGGGGGCGCCCUUCGUCCUUUCCAGCCGGGGCCCACGCGUCCGCCUCGCAGCACGUGCAGGCGGCCAGGGCGCUCUACGAGAGGGCGGCCGCCCCGGAGGCGAGGCCCCCCGUGCCGGGGCCGCCAGGCGCCGCCAUCCGGCCGGCCAUCGCCACCGGCGCCGAGCGGCGGUCGCCCGGCUCCGAGGUGAAGAGGGUUCGCUUCUCCGACGCGGACGUCGCGCUGGUGUUUCCCGACCGCGACUCCGAUGGCGACUCCGACGACGACGGCGAUGAUUCCUUGCGCUCGGAGACGAAAAACGACGAAGAGGUCUUCCUCGCCGCGUCGGCAGAACUGGAGGAGAAGCCGGAGGAGGCUUGGGAAGACGGCGGGGCAGGGGAUGUUUGGCGGAGCGAGGAGCGCGGCCACCCGACCGCGUGGCCGCCGUCGACCGAGCCGGCGUGGGAGGCUUCGGACGCCGCGGAGCCGACGGGUCCGACAGCGGCACCGAGGGGCGCGGGCAGGGACGGAGAGGAGCGCGACAGAGCGGCAGCUGCAGCGGCUGACGACGGCGGCGGCGAUGCGGUCGCUCCAAAGCCUGCGGCGAGGGGCAAGCGCAGCCCCCUGGCCAAGUUGCGGUCGCCGCUCGCCAAGCUGUUUGGCCGAGGCGGCAAAGAGAAGUCGGGCGGCAAAGAGCAGGAGGAACAGAAGCCGGUUCCUCCGUCUGCUGGGGAACGGCGGCGGGAGCAGCAUUCGGCUCGGAGCGGCACGGCGGGAGAGGGAGACGGGAAGGAAGUAGGGAGCGACGCGGGGGGUGGCCGUGCGGAUGCGGACAUCGAGCCGACUGCUGCGGGGAGCGGCGAUGGCGGUGGCGACGGUGGCCGUGGCGCUGUGCGCACAGAGGCGAGCGCGCACGAGCCAGAGGACGCGGGCAGGAACGAUGAGAUCGGCGCGGGAGAUCAAAGAGGGGUCCCGCGAGAGGCCGAGGUGCCUGGGCCCGGGCCUACAGGGGCAGCCGUGACGGAACACGUGCAAGGCGCUGGAUCAAGUCUGUGGGGAGGCCCUGGAGACCCACGAGAUUUAGGAUACCCAGGAGAAAAAGGAGACCAAGAAGAACCAGGAUUCCCAGAAGAACCACGACACCAAGAAGAACCAGGAUUACAAGAAGAACCAAGAUACCAAGAAGAACCAGGUGACCCAGAAGAACCAAAAUACCAAGAAAAACCAGGCUUACAAGAAGAACCAGGAUUCCAAGAAGAACCAAGAUACCCAGAAGAACCAGGAUUCCAAGAAGAACCAGGAUUCCAAGAAGAAUCAGGUGACCCAGAAGCAACAGGAUACCCAGAAGAACCAGGUGACGCAGAAGAAACAGGAUACCAAUUAGAACCAAGAUACCAAAAAGAACCAAGAUACCAAGAAGAACCAGGUGACCCAGAAGAAACAGGAUACCAAUUAGAACCAAGAAACCAAGAAGAACCAGGAUUCCAAGAAGAACCACGACACCAAGAAGAACCAGGAUUCCAAGAAGAAUCAGGUGACCCAGAAGCAACAGGAUACCCAGAAGAACCAGGUGACGGAGAAGAAACAGGAUACCAAUUAGAACCAAGAUACCAAAAAGAACCAAGAUACCAAGAAGAAUCAGGUGACCCAGAAGAAACAGGAUACCCAGAAGAACCAGGUGACGGAGAAGAAACAGGAUACCAAUUAGAACCAAGAUACCAAAAAGAACCAAGAUACCAAGAAGAAUCAGGUAACCCAGAAGAAACAGGAUACCAAUUAGAACCAAGAAACCAAGAAGAACCAGGAUUCCAAGAAGAACCACGACACCAAGAAGAACCAGGAUUCCAAGAAGAACCAGGUGACCCAGAAGAAACAGGAUACCAAGAAGAACCAGGUGACCCAGAAGAAACAGGAUUCCAAGAAGAACCAGGUGACCCAGAAGAAACAAGAUACCAAGAAGAACCAGGAUUCCAAGCAGAACGAGGAUUCCAAGACGAAGCAGGAGAACCAUGGAAGACGACCGCCUGCAGCGAGGAGUUUGCAGACGCCGCGGGUCUCUCCUUCGCGUCAGACCCCUUCGACGGCGUCUCCCCGUUCGCCGAGGCCGGCUCGCUGUUCGCCGAGCCCGAGUCCGGCGCGCCCUUGGAGCCUUUUGCGGCCGACGCGUUCCGCGGUUUGCAGCCGGCAGCGGCGGUGACGAACGGAGGGCCGGCGUGGCUCGGGGACGGCGACCCCUUCGACCCCGAGGCGAGCGGCUUCGGCUUCGACGGCGCCGAAACGUACGACGCGAGCUUCCUCUCGGACGACGUCCUCGAGUUUAGCCGAGCGUCCUCAUCGGCGGUCGAGCUGGGCCCCGCGGACGCGACGUUUGCUGGCCUCGCGGGCGCACGGAUGAGCAGCCCCGACGACGACGCCGACGACACCGCCGAUGCCGACGGCCGGUGCGUCCUCGAGACGUCCUCCACGUUCGGUCUCCCGGUGUCCGGCCCGCAGAACCCCUUCUCCGAGGACCUUUUCGGAAUGACCGAUUGGUCGGUCAGCAGCGACGCCAUCUUCGUGCAGACCACGUCGCCUCACUUGGCAGGCGGAGGAGGUGGUGGCGGUGGUGAUGGUGGUGUUCAUAUGUCACUCAUCGAUGAUUUUUUCACGGGAGCGGCCGACGCGUCCAUCGCCGGCGCUGGUGGCAACAGCUCUGCCGGCGACGCCUUCGCCGGCGACAUAUUCGGCAUGGGACUCCCCGCCCCGGCCGCCGCCGUGGCCUCGCCGACCUCACCGACCCAGGCCAACAGGCAGCAGUGGAGUGACGACCUCCUGGGAUGAAUGCGGAGGAGGUUGAGCUGGGGGGGAC